GCGUGACAUUAAAAGACAAUAAAACUGAAAUGAACGCAUCCAAAAAUAAAAAGAUUCAUAGAGCUCAUAUCUAUGAUUACUUUCUUUACACCUACUUCUUUUUUAUUGCUAUUUUCCUAAGAAAACCCCUUCCCGUCCUUACAAACAAACCCAACUAUGCAAGAUAAUUUUACCCAGAGCAUGCAAGGUCAAUUCAUGGCUAACGUAUCUUUACAAUCUCUUUCCUUGAAAUCCACAAAGCGUCGCAGUUACGAUCCAAGCUUAUCUCGUAGAGAGCAGCUUUACUUAGGGACUCCUGAGCAGGUACCCAACCAACGCAAAAUGCGGCGAAGCUCAUCAGCACAACCUCUAUACCCAUCUAUGCUAUCAAUUCUUGAACAAGACAUUCAGCGACCAAAAAGUGCUUCUCGGCCGCUGCGUACUCCUUCUCCAAGCUCGUCAUGUAACUCCGACCCAGUCACUGGCUCUCUAGCAAGCAUAAAAUCUUCUACCAUGAGUAUGUUUAGCACGUUGCAAGAAGCUCUAGUCAGGGCCGAGAAAGCUGAGCUCCAAGCGAAAGAAAGUCAAUUGAAAUGGUGUAGGACUGUUACGGAAUUGGAUCGUCUCCGGGAUGAAAAUCUGCUGGUCAGAAAUCAAUUCGAAAAUAGUCAAGCUGAAUGUCACCGGCUGCAGGAUCUUUUAGAACAACAAUCAUGUCAGUCUACAAACUCGGUGGCCGAAGCUCCCUCCGUCUCCAGCAGUUCCUCCAAAAUGAAGUAUCUAUUGGAUAAAUUUAGUAGGAAAGCUAGGUCACUGUCGAGUAACAUGGUGAAAAGAAUGCUCCAAUUUCCUGUCAAAUUUUAACCAUUUACCAUAGAAUGCAUAACCUCCAGUUCAUUUGAAGCUUGUCAAAAAAAAGUCUGUACAUAUUCUUCUCAUAGAAUGAAGUCCAAUUUGGU